AGGCGGCGACCCUGGAGCCCGGCGCCCUCGGACGCGCGGAGGAGGCGAUGGCCGGCACCCCGGAACGCUCUGGGUGAAAGCCCAGCCUCUGUGGUUCUUAAUGCCUCAUCAGGAUUCUUUUCACUAAAGAUGGAAACACUGGAGUCUGAAUUGACCUGUCCAAUCUGCCUAGAGUUGUUUGAAGACCCCCUUUUGCUCCCUUGUGCUCAUAGCCUCUGCUUCAGCUGUGCCCAUCGCAUCCUGGUCUCCAGCUGCAGCUCUGGUGAAUCCAUUGAACCCAUUAAUGCUUUCCAGUGUCCUACGUGCAGGUAUGUCAUCUCACUGAACCAUCGGGGUCUGGAUGGCCUCAAGAGGAAUGUGACCCUGCAAAACAUUAUUGACCGUUUCCAGAAGGCUUCAGUCAGUGGGCCCAAUUCUCCAAGUGAGAGCCGCCGGGAGAGGACUUACAGGAUCAGCCCCGCCAUGUCUAGUGAGCGAAUUGCUUGCCAAUUUUGUGAGCAGGACCCACCCAGGGAUGCAGUGAAAACAUGUAUUACGUGUGAGGUCUCCUACUGUGACCGUUGUCUGCGGGCAACACAUCCCAACAAGAAACCUUUCACCAGCCAUCGCCUGGUGGAACCUGUGCCAGACACACAACUUCGAGGGAUCACCUGUGUGGACCACGAGAAUGAAAAAGUGAACAUGUAUUGUCUAUCUGAUGACCAAUUGAUCUGUGCCUUAUGCAAACUGGUGGGGCGUCACCGAGACCAUCAGGUAGCAUCCCUGAAUGAUCGGUUUGAAAAACUCAAGCAAACUCUGGAGAUGAACCUUACCAACCUGGUUAAGCGCAACAGUGAACUAGAAAAUCAAAUGGCCAAGCUAAUUCAGAUCUGCCAGCAGGUUGAGGUGAAUACUGCUAUGCAUGAGGCAAAACUUAUGGAAGAAUGUGACGAGUUGGUCGAGAUCAUCCAGCAGAGGAAGCAAAUGAUUGCUGUCAAAAUCAAAGAGACAAAGGUUAUGAAACUGAGAAAGUUGGCACAACAGGUUGCUAACUGCCGCCAGUGUCUUGAACGUUCAACAGUCCUCAUCAACCAAGCAGAGCACAUCCUAAAAGAAAAUGACCAGGCAAGGUUCCUUCAGUCAGCAAAAAAUAUUGCGGAGAGGGUCGCUAUGGCAACUGCAUCCUCUCAAGUUCUGAUUCCAGACAUAAAUUUUAAUGAUGCCUUUGAAAAUUUUGCUUUGGAUUUUUCCAGAGAAAAGAAACUGCUGGAGGGGCUCGAUUAUUUGACAGCCCCCAAUCCACCAUCUAUCCGAGAGGAACUCUGUACUGCCUCCCAUGACACCAUUACAGUCCACUGGAUCUCGGAUGAUGAAUUCAGCAUCAGCUCCUAUGAGCUUCAGUACACCAUAUUCACUGGCCAGGCUAACUUCAUCAGCCUGUAUAAUUCAGUGGAUAGCUGGAUGAUUGUGCCCAACAUUAAACAGAACCAUUACACAGUGCAUGGGCUCCAGAGUGGGACUCGCUACAUCUUCAUUGUGAAAGCCAUAAACCAAGCAGGCAGCCGGAACAGCGAGCCUACCAGACUCAAGACCAACAGUCAACCUUUUAAACUGGAUCCCAAAAUGACUCACAAGAAGUUAAAAAUCUCCAAUGAUGGGCUGCAAAUGGAGAAGGAUGAGAGCUCCCUGAAAAAGAGUCAUACCCCAGAGAGGUUUAGUGGCACAGGGUGCUAUGGCGCAGCAGGAAACAUUUUCAUUGACAGUGGCUGCCACUAUUGGGAAGUAGUUAUGGGCUCCUCAACCUGGUAUGCAGUCGGUGUUGCUUACAAGUCAGCUCCCAAGAAUGAGUGGAUUGGCAAGAAUGCAUCCUCGUGGGUCUUCUCUCGUUGCAAUAGUAACUUCAUCGUGAGACACAACAGCAAGGAGAUGCUGGUGGAUGUACCCCCACAGCUGAAGCGUCUGGGGGUCCUUCUGGAUUAUGACAACAACAUGCUGUCUUUUUAUGACCCAGCUAACUCUCUUCAUCUUCAUACUUUUGAUGUGACGUUCAUUCUUCCAGUUUGUCCAACAUUCACAAUCUGGAACAAAUCCCUGAUGAUCCUAUCUGGCUUGCCGGCCCCAGAUUUUAUAGAUUACCCUGAGCGGCAGGAAUGCAACUGCAGGCCUCAAGAAUCCCCUUAUGUUUCUGGAAUGAAAGCUUGCCAUUGAGUUACAAGAGCCCAUAGAAUUCACAGGCUGUCCAGUUCAGCAGAUUUCUCAUUUCUAAGCCUCAGUUAGUGUUCAAGAGACAAGAUACAAAAUAAAGUUGAUUUCCAGCACUUAACAGAAUUUAAAAGCUAUCACAGAUUUAAUCUGUGUGCAUUAAGGCUUGUAUUCAAAUCAAUGUAUUGAGGUUUUCAGAACAGAUGAUCUGAGUAGCCUGGGUUCAAGCCACUGAAGAAAAAUUUGUAGAGAAUUCCUCUUGUCAUUGGAAAAUUGAAAAUCCCCAAUGAUGUGGGACUAUCACCAACCUCCAGUAAGUGAUUAUUGGAGGGAGUAAGGUUUAUUCUAGGUAAAUAAUGUAGAAAGAUGCUCUAAACAAGGAUUAACCAUGUGGAAAAUAAGGUGAUGGGGCAUCAGCUUUCUAGUACUGGCAAAUUUAGCCAAGCAGAAUUCUGGAGUAUCAAAUGACCAUGUAAUAUGUAUAGCUUUUGAUAAAACCUACAAUGAUUUAUUAGAAAGAAAACCUAUGUAUAUAUAAUAUAUAGUAAAUGAAUAUAUAAUGCGAUAUAUUCAUUUUAAAUUAUAUAUGCAUAAUAAACUUUCAUUUAUCCAUUUGAGUAAGAAAUAUCCAGAAGGGACAAUAAUUAUACUACCCAUUUUUGUCCACCAAAAGUGACAUGAACUCCAUCAAUAUAUUACCUUCCCUCUUUCUUUACCUCCCUCCCUCCCUUCUGUGUGAUACAAUCUCACACAUGAUGUAAUGACAAGCACAGUGGGAAGGGCUUUGGGUUGGAUAAGAAGAGAUUGAAAGACAAGAUUUCACAGGAGAUGGAUGCUAUUUCUGGAUAUAAAAUUGAUCCAGGAAAGAAGUAUUAUAUGUAGUUUCAUUCCAUUGAUACUAAAUGGAGAUGCUUCUGAAUUGUUAAAAUUAUGUCACAGAAUAUUUGAUGAAAUACAAUUUUAUUACUUGGAAGAGCAUGCAGUUACUGAAUUAAGCUUUUAAAAGGUGAUUCUUGGGGCUAGAGAGAUGGUCCAGGGGUUAAGGUGCUGGCCUUGUAUGCAGCAGACCUGAUUGGAUCUCUGCACUGAAUGGCCCCCACAGCACUGCCAGGGGUCAAUUUCAAGCCCGGAGCUAGGGGUAGCCCCCGGGGGUGCCAGAUAUGACCCAAAACCCCUCAAAAAGUCAUUAUUUUAGGAUCUCAUUUAUUAAUUGAUAGGAAUAGACUGUUAUAACUUAUUUACACAAACUCUACUUGUAUUUUCAGAUAAGACACUUUUGAAGUGCUUAAGAAUGCUGGGACCACUUUAUUUUCUGAAACAAAUCAAAUAAUCAUUCCUCUUGCAAUGUUGUCGUCACCAUUCACUGCUUUGCUGCCCCUUUCUUAAGUGCAGAUCUAAACUCCAUCUCUGUCCUCGUUCGAGUUGAAGGAAAUCUGGCUUUCUGGUCUGUGCUUUUCUUCACGCCAUUUCAGGGAUUGGAAAUAGAAGAACCAGAACUCUCUCAUUUUCUAGGAGCCAAAACUGUUUCAAGUCUAUGCCAUGGGAGUUGUGAAAAUAUUACUGUUGCAUGCAAAAUGGUAGCUAUUACAGGUCCCUCGUUUGGAGCCUUAAAAUGGGGGGAAAUUUUUUUUCAUUUCCUCUACCUUGGAAAAUGCUCGUUACUAAUUCACUCAACAAUCUACCAGAUGCUAGGUACCAUAUUGCUGUUGAAAUGUUAAGUCACUAUUCCUUUUGUCAACAGAUUUACCAUUCUGUGGGAGAGCAAGUAGCUGUAGAAUUCACCUAAAUAACUUCUACUAUUUCUUAUGAAAAGCAAAAUGGAUACAGGUUGCAGGCUAAAUUUACAUAUCUAGUGGCCCAGUUAUCUUUUUGGCUUUCAAAAUAGGGAUGUACUUCCUGCUACUCAGGAAUGAGAAAGCUCAGUAAGAUUCAGCCAUACUGGGAAAGAGCUUUAUGUGACAGAAAGCUCGUAGUAUUUUGGCUAAGAUGAUCCCAUUUCCUCUGCCAUUUAGAGGUGUGAGUGAACGAGGGCAAGUACUUCGCUUCUCAGAGGCUGUUUCUUCUUUUUAAAAUAAUGUCUACCUCACAAGGCUGUUGCAAAGAUUAAAGAAGAUAGCACAAAUGAACUGCCUAGCUUUGAGCCUGGCUUUUGUAAGUAACAAAUAUUAAUCUCCUCACCCCACACCUCAGCUGAAGCCUCCAAAUUGGUCUUAGCGUGGUCUCCUCUAGAGACCAUUCCCAAAUUCUUAAGAUUUGUUAAAAGUAUUUUCUCCCUUAAUGAAGCCUUUACUAGUUCCUCUAGCCUCCCCUAAGGAUUCAGCUUCGGAAGGUUUGAUUUUCCAGGUCCCUGUUUGUUUUCUUGGCCUUAUCAGUUGUCACUUUUGCUCCCUUUCUUCCCAACACCUCCAGCCUUUCUUGCCAGGCUGAUAUAUUCUCUGGUCCUGACGCAGAAAAAUUAUUAACAAUUUUGAUGUUCAGAGUAAGUAGUAGGAGUUGUUCCUAAGUUAACAAAAUAGGGUGAAAAUUCUCUUAAGUGCAACACCCCACUUCCACCCCCACACAUUCAAUGUUGCCUCACUUUGUCCUUAGGUCAUCCACACUAUUCAUUUCUCGUGCCCUUUAUAUUUUGGUGACCUGAAACAAAGCUUCAAUUUCCCUCGACUUCUUGUGACUCCAGUCUGUAAUACCUUUCCUUACCCAAAUCCUUUGUCAGAUUGAUUCCUUCCACCUCCUCAAGACAGCACUCUGAGCCUGCAAUAAUAAUGAUUUGGGAGAGCUUUGUUUUCCAGAACACUGCUAUCUAUGUUAGAAUUGCCUUUUUUGAUAAUUUAAACAACUGUUUCCUAGGCGCCAGCCCUGAUCUCCGUAGUUAGAAUAUCUGAGCACAAGGAUGGAAUGUGACAUUUUUGACAAGCUCCCCAGGCAAUUCUGAUGCACAAAAUCAAGGGUGAUCAUUGCCUUCCUUACUAGACUAUGAAUGCCUUCAUGGGAGGGACAGUGUGUUUUGUUCUGGUGAGUGGAGCAGAGUAAAUGCCUGGCUCAUGUUUACUGAAUGGAUGUGUGACUGAAUCAAGAAAUAGUUGACGUUUCCCUCUUAUACUCUGAGACCCACAUUUAUGUUUUGUUAUUUCCUGGGCCAAAAAGCUUGAUUAUUUCUCCAUUUGGGCUGUACUAAUAGUAUUUGCAGAUAUUUUUGGACACAUGUGUAAACAAACAUUGCCAUCUCAGAAGCUCUUCAUAAUUUCUCUGAGGGAAUUGUCUGUAGCACGUGGCACAAUUCCGUUCAGUCACUUGUCCACCUAUUCACACGUUCUUCUUUGGAACUGGACUUAGAGUUUGAUUAUAUCCAAAAGUCAUUCCAAGCUAAGUCUACUGAAUAAAGCGGGAAAUUAGAAGUUUCUGAGACUGAGAACGAAAAGUGCUUUCCAGGAAACAACAUGGAGGCAGAAUAUACAGUGGAGACUUGCCUAGAACACUGGCAAUGCCGGGGACCUUAAAAGAAGUCCAUGACUACCUCUAGGUAAAUCCCGUUGGACAAAGGAACUAGGGCUUAUAUUAAACACCUUCAAGGAAGGUGAUUCCAUAAGAUUUUGUUUUUGUUUCUCAGCUCAAUGUAUGUUAUAAUCCUUUCUGUUGGAACAUGUUUCUAUGUGCAAUUUAUGCUUGUUUCCACAUUUUAUAUGGUCUUACUGAAGAAAGCACAAAAGUAAUCACAAAGUCAAAACAGGUAUGCGAAUCUAAAAGAAAAUUAACUUCCACAUUGGAGUUCUGGCUACUUGUAAGUAACAGUAACUGCAUCUGGAUUUGUUUUUAUCAUGUAAAUCCCAUUCUAUAACUUUGGAUGCAGUGAAACUCACGUUGCAGCAAACUCACUUUUAUGUUCUUUUCAGCUAAAAAUACACUUAGGUGAAUUAAAAAAUUCCAUGCUUCCAUGGUUUACUUAUUUACAUGACUACCUGAAUGGGGUGAUCCAUAGAUGGACUUUCUAAUAAGCUCAAAUAUUUGAUACCCCUUUCUCCAUAAAAUGUAAGACUGAUGGAUUAGAACAACUCAUUUAUUUCAAUUCCUGGGACUAUUUGCAGCCUCAGAGAAUAUUGGGCUAUGUAUUACAUGUUGGCUGCAUUGACAGCCAUCAGGUCAGAUAAAACUGCCUUUUCUGGUUUUAUGGCUUCGGGCAUAUACUGUGUUGUUAUUGGCUAGAAUAUUUAUUCAAUUAUUGUCAGACUAUUUUUAUCAAAUGCUUUAUCCCCAGGCUUGUUUGUACAUUGUACAACCAAUGCAGUCUCUCCUUGUGACAGAAAUUUGAGCAUCUGUGGAUUACACAGCCUCAUCCCUCUGCAAUAUCCCAGCCCAUCCAAAAUGCUAUAUUAUGAAUUAAUAAAUAUCUAUGUAAUCAUGA